AUGGCCUCAGCAAAUCGCCCAGAAAUCUUUCUGCUUUCCCUCUCAUACCUUGAUUUUCUCGAUGAGACCUACUCCUCGUUAAUCGACAAAUUGGCCAACUCGGCCAACCUGAAGCGUGCCAAAAAGGCCGAUGGCAAUGCAGAAGUUCUCCAAAAAGUGAUCUCGUACGUCCAGAAUGGUGGGAUCCCUAUCAUCGGCCUCCACUUCCCCAAUUUCGUGACAAUGGGUGCCCUGAACGAUUUGUUCGCUUCUUUUGGGCUGCCUUGGGAGCGCGGCGAUUACCAUCGCACCGACUUUGAGUUCAAUCCCUCCAUGAAGACUCUUCAUAUCAAGAACGCCCGCCCUCUUGAAAAAAUCUUCAUCCCCAUCGGCGGCGGUGCCCAGACCCAGUCGCAUGUCUUCGCCCCGGAGUAUGUGGACCGCACACAGGCUGCAGUUACUGGAGCCAAAAUCGGAAACGGAUAUCUUGUCUACUGUGGCGAUGUCAAUGGGGAGGUUGGUUCGAAUCAGAUUAUCUCGGUCUUGUGUGGCCUUUAG